GGCAGAGCUGCUGCUGUAAAUGUGGCAGUGAGACACAAACUGAUGCCUCACACAGACUCGGGAGCAGCUUGGAGGGCGAUGGAUUUCCGUUCUAGAGGAGAAUAAGUUCUGUCUCAAUGUGUCUCCCUCAGGAUUUUAGUGAUGAGGUGGCUCCUGUCGUGGAUUCUUUUGGUAGCCAGUGGCCUCCAUCAGGCCCUGUCCCAAAAUUCCACUGCCACUCCUCUUAUGACCACAGAAUUGGACCCCUACAACAGGACACAGUUCUGUAAAUGGCCUUGCAAGUGCCCCAAGAGCCCCUCUGUGUGCCCGCCUGGGGUCAGCUUGCUGACGGACGGCUGUGACUGCUGUAAGGCCUGUGCCAAGCAGGUGGGCGAAACCUGCAAUGAGAAAGACACCUGUGACUACCAUAAGGGACUAUACUGUGAUUACAGCGCUGACAAGCCUAGGUACGAAAAAGGAGUAUGUGCAUAUAUGAUGGGGUCAGGGUGUGAAUAUGAUGGUGUUAUCUACCGUAAUGGGCAGAGUUUCCAGCCCAGCUGUAAGUACCGCUGCCUGUGUGUGAAUGGAGCAAUUGGAUGUGUGCCCCUGUGCACUGACUCCCUGCCGCCCCGGGUGUGGUGCCAGUCGCCCAAGCUGGUGAAGAUUCCAGGCAGGUGCUGUGAGCAGUGGAUCUGUGAUGAGCCUCGAAAACCACGCAAGACCAGCCCCAGACAUGCUGUGGAGGUGUCCCUAAGCACCAAUGACAUCUGGCACAAGAACUGCAUUACCCAGACCACCCCCUGGAGCCCCUGCUCAAAGACCUGUGGGCGGGGCGUAUCCUUGCGAAUUUCCAAUGAAAACGCACAGUGUGAGAUGGAGAAAGAAACCCGACUAUGCAACCUCCGACCCUGUGAGGUGGACAUUACCAAACACUUCCGGCCAGGAAAGAAGUGCCUGAACAUCUACCGUGAGCGUGAGUUUCAGAACUUCACCAUCUCCGGUUGUAUCAGCAAGAAGCCCUACUGGCCCAAAUAUUGUGGUGUGUGUUCUGAUGAGCGCUGCUGCAUCCCCUACAAGUCUAAGACAAUCGAAGUGGAGUUUGAGUGCCCCAAUGGAUCCGUCUUUACAUGGAAGUACAUGUGGAUCAACGCCUGCUUCUGUAACCUCUCCUGCAGGAACCCCAAUGAUAUCUUUUCUGAGCUGCAGCCCUUCUAUGAGCACGGUGAGAUCAUGAAUUGAGAAGACCGCUGAUUUAUGGUCAUACGUGGAUUCCUCAUGUCAAAUGGUAAUAUUUUCACUUUUGUGCGUUCAGAUAAUAUAUUUGCACGCUUAAUGUGGAAGCCAAUUUCCACUUUUGGAUUCAGAGUAUUGGAGAAGAACCCUGUGUGUUAUUAGAUUUUGGAUUGUGCUCCAACAACUUGGAAGGAAUUUAUGGUGGUCAGUCAUUUGGAAUAUAUUUGCUGAAGAGAGUUUCCUUGGACGUUUUUUUUGUCCUCUGUCUCUUCAAAGUUCAUAUUGAGUUCCUAAGUGCAAUGAGUGGACGACUAGCUCAUGUAAUAUUUGUUUGAUCAAGAGAUUUGGAAAUUGAUUUCAUUGUAAAAUAAAAUGUUAAAACUGUUAGAAUAUGGAAAUAUUGUUUCACAAAUGUAUGCUAUUUUUCUAUUAAUGACAUGAGAAUAUAGUGUUUUAGGAACGCCAGUGCAAAAAUUGUUUCAACAAUAGGUGAAUAUAGUCUAUAGAUAUAUGUCAUGUUUAUUGUUUAAUGCUAAAUUUUUGUAUCAUUUUCGUACAAUCCUUUAAUAUUAUAAUGGGAGAUAAGAGCACUUUCUGAAACCUGUAAUAAUUAGCUUUUGUACAAAUACUGUGUUCAUUUUACAGCUUGUUGAAGAGAAGAGAGUACAGAUAGGGCAUUCUUAAUGUUGCAUGGGAAAAAUCAUAUGCUAACAUUUAACUCAGACAUAAAAUGCUUUUGAUAUAUUUUUAUACAGCUAUAUAGGUUUGCCCAUGUAUCACUGUGAUAAAUAUGCAAUGGAUCUCAUAACUUAUUUACUACAUUCAGAAGUAAUGAGGCUUGUGAGACAAGUGUGUUCUAGUAUCUCUGCUGAUUAAAGAAGCAGCCUAGCAAAUGCA